AUGUACAAGUAUCCUGUUGAAAAUUUCACCCUUCCAGUGGCAUCCAGCUUUGACUCACGAACAAAAGCAGUGGAACUCAAACGUUGGGUCAUUUUGUUCCCAGUCAGGGAGAAGGGGUUGUAGAUAGAAACAGACCUGGAAGGCAAUUCAGGUCAGUCCCAGGAAUAAAAAAAUGGCACUGUGUUAAGAGCUUACCACAACUAGAGAAGGUCUUAACCAGACAUCGCUCUUGUUACUGCACUGAUUGUAUACUAGAUGAGGAUCAAUGCAGGAACAUGGAGUGGGUUGAUGACUGGAAGGAAGUAGAAAUCAAAAGGGAAGCUUCCCCAGCCACCACCAGGCAGUCCACAGCCACAUCAGCUCUGGAUAAUGACACCAUGGCACACAUGGCUGAUCUUGCAGCCAAAGGUAGCACUGUGGCCAUAGCAGCUUUUGAGGAUCCUGCUUAUGAUUUCUACCUCCUAAAAGUCACUUCCAAUGGUGUGGAAGAGCUAGAGGAGCCUAUGACUGAUGACUAUUCCUGCCAAUACCCUAGUGGCAGUGCAUUUCUCAAAGGUCACUUCUUUUUAGGGGAAAAUCUU